UUCGAGCCCGGAGAGUGCGCGACAACUUGCCGCGAAGACUCGACAAACUCCGAGUUUCCGCAUGAGGUGACGGGAGUCUGGAGUUCUGAAAGAGAAGCAGUCAGAGUUGGUCGGACGCUGGAGAGCGUUUUCAAUUGGCCCGUCUGCAGGAGACAACAGCCCAACAAUUUGGCCCAUCUCAGACUGGACUGCAGACUUGCCCUCGCCUCACCCUCUCAACACCUCUCAGAAGUGGACAGCAAGCCGGAUCGCGCGUUUUCAUUGGCUACACAUUAGCCCCAGAUCCCUUUGCCACGGGCACUGA